AUGAGGAUGGACGAGACAACUACCAUCACGGCUCUUGGGGAAGGAAAACACUACAAAUUCCUGGGGGUGCUAGAGAACGUUCGACAGGAUGAACGGCUGGCCCUAGCGUGUGCGGCUAAAGAGUAUCUACGCAGGAUAUCUAUUAUAUGGUCCAGCCCCCUGUCUGAUUGUAACCGUGUGCAGGCAACUAAUCAGUAUGCACUUCCGGUCCUGCGGUACUUAAUGUGGACACAGCAUUGGCCUCUAUCAGAGUUAAGAGAUGUGGACAGAGCAGCUCGGAAGAUCAUAGUUGAGAACGGUGGCAAGCACCCAGCUAUCCUAACUUCUUUGUUAUAUCUAUCGAGGGAGAAAGGGGGUAGAGGCCUGCGAUCAGUCGAACACGAGUACAAGAUCACUAAAAUCAAAUCGCUACUGAAAUUGUAUCAGAACUCGGACCAAACUGUGGAAGCAGUUAGAGAAUUUAAAGAACACGCCAUGGCAUCAGGCCACCAGUCGCUCUUAAAGGAAGCAGCUAAGUACGCUGAAGAACUCAACAUCACACGUCAGCUUGAUACCCUAAAUCCCGUGUGUGUUACAACAGAAGCAAACGUGGUAACUGCAGCAAGAGCUGGGAAUCUGUUGAAGCAAUCUCAAGAGAAGCAGUUCUUGGAGAUCGCUAAAGACAAAAAGUGGCAAGGAAAGUUAUUCCGUAUCAGAUGGGAAGAUGAGAGCCCAAGCAUAACCAGCUACUUUGCAUGGUUAAAAGGUUGGGCAACAUGCCCUACAUAUACCAUCGCGGGCAUGUAUGAACUGUAUGAGCAGUUGUUACCUACGAAGCUCUACACAAAGGAGAAGACGCAAACCUCCACCGACGGCGAAGUCCUAUGCAGGUUAUGUGGGAAGGUAGCUGAGAGCGUUGCACAUGUAUUGGCUGGAUGUUCCUCCCUGGAACAAACCAAGUACCUAUGCAGGCAUAAUGCAGCUUUGAAGAUUCUGUUUUUUGAGCUCCUGCGAGAGCAUGGGUUAAUAGAAGAGGUUGCACCACGGUACUCACCGGUGAUGCCAAAACCAGCCUACCAGAGCACCACGAGUGAGGCGUUUCGGGAUAUUCCCAUCUACGCAGACCACAACGAAGUUAGAGCAAAUCGGAUCGACGCGAGACUUGUCAGCCACGAGAGGAAAGAAGUCUGCACAACUGAAAUGAGCUGCCCAUGGAUUGAGAGUAGAGCUAAGAAAGAUGAGGAAAAGACACUCAAGUAUGGGCCCAUGAUGUGGGAGCUGAAGCAGAGAUACAAUGGUUACAGGGUUGAACAGUACAACGUAAUAAUUGACGUACUGGGUGGUUACUCUAAACACCUAGAGAAGUCGGUGAGGAAGCUACUUGGAGCGAGAGCACGGAGCGUACUUGAGCGGAUGCAGAAGUCGGUCAUCUCAAACACUUUAAACAUUGCCAGAACAUUUAAGAUAAAUACUUAGUUAGGGCGCUAAGGGCUCCAGUUUUUAGGUUUUUGUUUUUUCUCUAUAAAUCUAGAAACACAAGCUUGCUGAUGUUUUUACUUAGAUUUUUUAGAACAUUAGAGUUUGAUAUCAUUAUAAAUAAGCUUUUAGUAGAGAUAUUCACAUUAUGAUGGCCUCAUUUAGGUGUAUAAGAGAUAAUGAGAGUGUAAGAACUGAAUAAUUUUCUAAAUAGGCCUCUAUUAGAGAUAAUCAUAUCAUCAUGUCUUAGCGUAUGUUUUACAGAGUAUCAGAAUUUAAUAAUAUUCUAAAUUGGCUUUUUACGUAGAGAGAUUCACAUCAUUAUGUAUUUUAGGAUCGUAUUAGGUUUCGUAUCGACCUUUUUUUACUUCUAAGUAUAGCUUCUCAAGUGGUGUAGGUUACGCUAUGCGCCCUAUACUACUCACAAUGUGGACAGUAUUCCACAGUUUCAUACUGCGACAUAAUAAUAAUAAUAAUAAUAAUAAUAAUAUCAAUAAUAAACUUGGCCGUUAGCAAACAUCCAACAGCUUGACCGAGAGGGAAGAAAGAUCAUCGUGGAGAAUGGAGGGAAUCACCCCAAGGGAUCGACAGCGAUACUCUACAUGUUUUGGAAGUUCGGUGGAAGAGGUCUCAAGUCCGUGGAAAAUGAAUACAAGAACACUAAGAUCAAAGCAGCAGUAAAGCUUUAUUGCAACGCCGACCCUACGAUGACAGCAGUAAGAUCGUUUGAAGAGCUAGCCGUACAGAAUGGACGCCACUCUUUCACUAAAGAUGCUAAGAAGUACGCAGACGAGCUGGAUCUACAGCUGUGGUUAAACUUGCCUAACCCAACUGCUGUCGCCGAUGGUAAGAAAGUCGAAGCUAAGAAGGUAAAGCAGGCAAUCUACAAAGCCCGCCAGCACGAGAUACAAUCAACGGUAUCUGAGAAGGGAUGGCAACGAAAGUUUAUCAAGAACAGAUGGGACGACGAGAAAGUUAAACUGGAGGAGUGCUUUGCGUGGCUUUCCUCAUGGAAGAAUGCCCAACGCAUACCAUCGCUGGAGUACAAGAGCUUUACCAACAGCUGUUACCUACCAAGUUUACUACAACAGAAAAACAAAACCACAAGUAACUGAUUAAAGAUGCCGCCCAUGCGGGGAUUCCCUGGAGAAUGAGCAGCACAUUCUAUCUGGCUGUAGUGCACUAG